AAGCAAGUCAGAUUCAGGACACCAUUGGUGGUGCAUGUGUGACGCCAUCUACACCUCCUGGUUUUGUGGUGAACGCAUGGAUAAGAGGCGAGCUGGGCUGGUUUGUUUUUUAGACUAUCUCGAACUCCGCUAGGACUAGCUGGGCUCCGGAGUCCGAGGGAAGCGCGUCGUUACCGGGAGCGCGGGUCCUCGCAUCACAGGAGCGGAGAGGCAGAGCUCCAGCAGCGGACUGCGCGGAAUGCUCAGCGGCUGACCAGGCGCCGUUUGUCUUUAUUUUACAUCUUCUUUGGCGACGACGGAGCAAAAGAAACUGAGGACAUCUGCCUCAGCGGAUAUCUGAUAUGGCGGGUUCAAGCACGCUCGAUGUGUUUGUGGGAAUUGUUCUAGUUUUGCACGCUUUGGGAAGUGUUUUCCAGAUCACCAGAGGAGAAUUAACGGCGGAAGGAGCUGCUUAUUCAAUUCUUCAGGGAUGGUCACAGGAGGAUGAUGUCACUGUGGAGCUGUUGAGGAGGAGACGCUGGCUUCUUCUGGAGCCCCCUCCCAUGGAAAGUAACAAGGCCAGUCAAGACAUUUUAAAGCCUGAGUCUCAGGAUUCACCUGGCAUACUUACUGAUGAAGACGCGGACAACAGCUCCCAAAUAAUGGAGGACACAGAUCAUAAUUACUACACCUCAAAGACUUAUGGCCCCAGUGACCCUAUGAGCAAGGAAUUAUGGGUAAAUAUUGAUCAGAUGGACAAGGAGAAGGUGAAGAUUCAUGGCAUCCUGUCCAAUACACACCGACAAGCAGCGCGGGUCAAUCUCUCCUUUGAUUUUCCAUUUUAUGGGCAUUUGUUGCGAGAGAUCACUGUUGCAACCGGCGGAUUCAUCUACACAGGAGAUGUGGUUCACCGAAUGUUGACAGCAACACAAUAUAUUGCUCCACUUAUGGCAAACUUUGACCCCAGCCUCUCCAGAAACUCAACUGUCAUCUAUUUUGACAACGGAACUGCUUUGGUUGUCCAGUGGGAUCACGUCCAUCUUCAGGAUUCUUAUAAUCAAGGAAGUUUCACCUUCCAGGCCACAUUACACAGCGAUGGACGAAUUGUCUUUGCUUACAAAGAGGUCCCAGUGCAGAUAGCGAAGAUCAGCUCUAUCAAUCAUCCAGUGAAGGUUGGACUGUCUGAUGCCUUUGUGGUGGUCCAUAAGAUUCAGCAGAUCCCCAAUGUGCGGAGGAAGACUAUAUAUGAGUAUCACAGAGUGGAGCUGUUAAAGACCAAAAUUACCAGCAUUACAGCUGUAGAAAUAAUGCCACUGCCCACAUGUCUUCAACUCACAAGCUGCACUUCUUGCAUAGCAUCACAGAUUAACUUCAACUGCAGCUGGUGUCACCGGCUCAAUAGAUGUUCCAGUGGAUUUGAUCGCCAUCGGCAGGACUGGGUAGAUAACAGUUGCCCAGAUGAGACUAAAGACAACACCUGUGACAUCAUAAAUACUACCAAUCUCAAUCUGCUGACCACUGCAUCAGUUGCUAAGAAGACCACAAGAAACAGAGAAACUACUGAGGGUCAAUCUACCCAAGCUCCAUCACACAUGCCCACCAGCAUACCAACAGAAGACGACACCAAGAUUGCGCUACAUCUCAAAGACAACGGAGCUGAGCACAGCACCGCAGAGGACAGCACUCACCCGCUGCACAUGGGGCUGAUUCUUGGGAUGCUCCUGCUUCUGCUCGUGAUGGUGGCCAUCGUCCUGGUGACCGUUUACAUCUACCACCACCCCAGCUCUGCCGCCGGACUCUUCUUCAUUGAGAGACGUCCCAGCCGAUGGCCAGCAAUGAAAUUCCGUCGAGGUUCUGGUCAUCCGGCAUAUGCAGAGGUGGAGCCUAUGGGUCAAGAAAAAGAAGGCUUUAUUGAAUCAGAGCAGUGCUGAGAUUCGACCUUUGACUUGAGUCACUCACAGCCCAGCAACCUUCUUGAUGUCUAGCUACAAACCCACACAUCUCUAAUCAUAAUGUUCCACCAGCCCUCCAAAACACUGAUGAAACUGGAUACAGUGAGGGUGUGGUGACUGAACGGAAGAGGCAUCCAGAAACAAAUGCUUGGAUCUAGCUUUCAACACUCAAAGCAAAACAGUCCGCAUUCAGAGGAAACGCUUGAGGAAACGGCCCAGCAGCUUCUGCUCGGUUCCAUGGCGUGGGGAACAGCUUUUGUUUGUAGAUUGUACAGGAUGAGGUUUUGACCUUUUACCCUCAAAAUAAUCAUGGAACUGAAUGCAGUUUUGUUUGAUCUUCUGAUUUGAUGUGCCUCUUUGUGAGAUGUUUCAUGUCUUGACAGUCUCUGAAAUGCACAUUCAUUCAAUCUAUGUGUUGGAAAUCUUAUAUAGACCUUUAUAUAUCUUCAGAAGGGUUUUGUAGGGUUUUUAUGUUUUUUUCCUAUUCCUUUAUGACUUCAUCUCUUUGAUUUGAAUGGAUGUUUUGGAGUAUGUUGGAUGACUUUGUUUGAAUAUAGUUGGAAAAUGUUCUGUGAACAAAUAUGUCAGCAGUAUGGGUUAACUUUUGUUUUUCAUCCAACCAUAUUCCAACCAUUUAGGACAUUUUUGCACAUAUCCACUUAAUGCACAUAUAUUGCUUUUUUCCCCCCAAGUAAAUUUUUUUCUCAUCCUACGUUACUAAUGCAUAUUUACAAGACAGGCGCUUGUGAGACUGUGUGUGCGUGUAUGUGUGUGUCAUUUUUUUUCAUUAUUAUUAUUAUUAUUUUGUUGUUGCAUUAUGAUACACAGUGAUCCCUUAAACACACCAUAGUUGAAAUCAAGGAUUCUUACUGAUUUCAACUUGACAGACAAGGCAAGUGGUGUCUACUGACAGCCGUCAGUCCUUAAUCAGACAUUCAUUUGUUUAUGGUAUUUGAUACAAUGAUAUAGUAAAGCUCUGCUAUUGCUGUCAGGUCAGUUGAGUAUGAGAACUCACAAGCAGUGGAACUGAAUGUGAUUUAUUACUCUACAGGAAGAGUAACACAGCAUAUCACAACCUAAUUUGAUAAACAUUCAAUGUUCUAAAUAAUAUUUUCCAUUGUGUUCACUAAUAAUGAAUUUUGAGUUUGAAGGUUUAUAAUAUUUAUCCUUAUAAAAUGCAAUUAAUUGUGGCACAUAUUACUUUUCUCCUGAAAAGACAUUUUGAUUGUUGCGACCAAAGAACUGUCAUCUCACACACACAGACACACACACACACAUAAAUAAAUAUAUAUAUAUAUAUAUAUAUAUAUAUAUAUAUAUAUAUAUAUAUAUAUAUAUAUAUAUA